AUGAAGCAUUUGAGUCUAAUCAUAUUGACUUUAUAUUUAACAGCUAUUGAACAUUUUAUAGCGCAGAGUGCCGGAAGCGGUCAUGAUGCAGCAUGCGAAUACUUGGCUAACAGAAUAUACUGUUUUGGCGGUUCAUCAUGGAUCACCAAAUCUGUUACAAGGACAGGUAUAGCUAUGCUUGAUAUAUUACGUUAUAGCGGGAAUACGACAGACGUGUUGAACAAGAAUUGGGUAUAUAUCACUACAAAUAAUGAAGAUCUUGUUAGUACUCCAAGAGGACUCCCACAACAUAUGCGUCUUCCAGACGAAGAUAUCAUGAUAAUAAACGGAGGCUUUUCUCAUAGUAUUGUUAAUAAGAAAUUGACGUAUCAAACAAUCGCUUUUAACGCAAAUGAUCACACUUGGAGCUCUCUCCCAAAUUUUACACAGUCCGGUUACGAUAGACAAAUCUAUUCUGCAUCGUCGUUUUAUGUUCCAGGACAAGGAGUCGGAUUCUAUGGUGGCGCGGAGGACUCUUAUGAAAAGGGCUGGACAUAUCCGGAUAUUAACAUGACUGAUUAUAUUGACACAAGUGAUACACUAACAAUCGGUUUUACAAAGCUUACUUUCUUUAACCUUUCAAAAAGUAUGAAUAACCCUUGGUCAGAAUACCCGUUGGAAAAAAACCGACUGGCCUAUUUUUCUACAAGUCAAGUCUCCAUUUAUGAUAUAAUAAAUAACCGUAUCCUCUUGCUGGGAGGUACAUAUCAGAAUCCAGCCAAAAAAUAUCAUUAUCAGGUGUUUUCCUCUUCCCCCUCUUUUAACCUGGCAAAUGGAGAAUGGACUACGCAAAAUUUUACCGGUGCUGCUAUCCCCGAAGUCAGAAUACGCCAUACAGCAACAGUAGUCGGGUCCGAUCAAAACCAUGUCUUACUGUAUGGUGGCCGAAACUCAUCAGAUGGUUGGGCUGUUUCAGACUAUUGCUAUACCUUAGAUCUAACCAAUAAUAAAUGGAUGUUACAAGAUAUUCAGCCCGGAUACAAUGUAAUCUUGAGGAGAUCUAGUCACUCAGCUCUUCUUGUAGAUAAAAGCACUGUGUUUAUUGUAUAUGGAGUCAACGAAGACGGUGUUCCAGCGAAUUCGACGCUGAUUUUAAAUGUGUCAAAUCCGUCAGUUGUCUUGGCUAUAAACAGCUACGAACACCCCAAAGCGGACGAUGUUCUUUCAUUUCCAACGCCUACGAUUAAAAAUAGUAGUGAUGAUACAAACUAUAGCGAUUAUCCAACAACAUUUCCGAUUGACGACACCCCAUCUCAUGACGAGGCAACCGCAUCUAAUCCUAAAUCUGGUAACACAAUAUUAUGGCCAGAAUAUCAAUCAAAUAUAUAUAAAACCAUUGGUAUUGCCGUGGGGUCUACCGUUGGAUGUCUAGCUAUUAUAGGAGCUCUUGUUUUCUAUUUAUGUAUAAAAAAAAGAUCUGAAAAGCAUCAGCGUGAAAUUGAAGAGUUUGAACGGCGAAGAUGCGAAAUUGAAGCCCUUCAUAAAACAGUACAUAUCGAAGAAGAACCAAUGAUAGUCAAUUGGGAUGAAAUUGAUAAAGAAUUUAUUAUCACUCCUAUAAAACCCUAUGGCUGUCAUAAUAAUCCAGGAGAUAUAACCAAUGGGACUAUAAAUUGUGGCCCUUCAAAUCCUCCGCUUAAAAUACAAGAGAUAAAGCGCCAGCUUCCUGAUGAUAUUUCCCAUUAUGAUCAUAAUUUAUCUACUAGACUAGGAGAGCCUGCAAACCAAGAUAAUCAAGUUACAGCAAUUAGACUCCCUGAUGCUAUCAAUGAAGACGUUUACAAUUUAAAAGACGUUCAGCUAAUCCAAAAGCCUGAUGGUUUUUGA